AUGGUGGCCUCCACCACGAACAAUAGUAACAUUCAUUUGGAAAUAAUUAACGACAAAGGAAAAACAGAAGCAAAACGCUUUUCUUCUUGCCGCAAGGAUUUAUUUAUACGUACAAGCUGGACAGACGCGGCUUUGGCUCUAGCCCAAAUAGAAAAGGGCAAAGCAGACGGGCAACGAACUGCUUUGUGGUUGCGAGCACGUUUGCAAGCCCACCUUUUCGCGUUGGGCUGUUUUCUGCAUCGUCACGCUGGGAAAGUCCUAUUCGUGGCUGUUUUAGUAUUGGCUACGUUUUGCGUCGCUCUCAAAUCAGCCACCAUUCAAACAAAAGCCGAGGACCUUUGGGUAGAAGAAGGAGGGCGUUUAGAAAAAGAACUGAGAUAUACUCAGAAAACGUUAGGAGAAGCUUCAGGUAGCACUCACGAAUUAUUAAUACAAACAUCUAAAGAUUCUGAGGCAUCGCUUUUACAUUCUGGAGCACUUCUUGCUCAUUUAGAAAUUGUCAAAGUGGCAACAAGUGUUAGUGUGCAUCUUUUUGAUAUAACCUGGAGACUGAAAGAUAUGUGUUACUCACCGAAUAUUCCUAAUUUCGAUGUUCAUUAUAUUGACCAAAUAUUUGAAAACAUUAUUCCUUGUGCCAUAAUAACUCCUCUGGAUUGUUUUUGGGAAGGCUCAAAAUUAUUAGGACCUGACUAUCCAGUGAGCAUACCUGGUAUAAGGUCAAAGGUUAAAUGGACAAAUUUAAAUCCUAUUACAUUAGUUGAAAAAAUGAAGACGUUUGAUUUUACAUUUCCGUUUAAAACGUUGGAAGAUUAUUUAAAAAGGGCUGGAAUAAGCACUGGUUACCAAAAAAAACCUUGUUUAAAUCCAAAAGAUCCAGAAUGUCCGACAACGGCGCCAAAUAAAAAUGGACAGGUACCUGAUAUUGGUGCUGAAUUAACAGGGGGAUGCUACGGUUUUGCUGCAAAAUAUAUGCAUUGGCCGGAAGAUUUGGUUGUUGGGGGAACCAAAAAAAAUAAAACUGGUCACAUUACAAGAGCCAAAGCUUUGCAAACGGUUGUUCAGCUUAUGGGAGAAAGAGAACUUUUUGAAUAUUGGUCUGAUACGUACAAGGUUCACCACGUCGAUUGGACUCAAGAAAAAGCGGCAUUAGUUUUGGAAACGUGGCAAAAUAGGUUUGCCGAAGAAGUACGGAAUCAAAUACAAAGUGAUUCCAACACUAGUUUAUAUAAUGUUUACGCAUUUUCCACGGCCACACUCAACAAUAUAUUAAAACAAUUCUCAGAAAUAAACGUAUUUAAAAUAGGAAUCGGAUAUUCAAUAAUGUUAUUGUAUGUAGGAUUAACUCUUUUAAGGCGUGAAGAUCCUGUACGGUCUCAAACUGCAAUCGGAGUGGCUGGGGUAUUAUUAGUAUCUGUCACUGUAGCAGCUGGUUUAGGUUUUUGUUCGCUUUUAGGGAUUGCAUUUAAUGCUGCGACAACACAAAUUAUACCAUUUUUGGCUUUAGGCCUUGGUGUAGACAAUAUGUUUCAUUUAACUCACACUUAUGCAGAAUCAGAUAAUGAAGGAAAUAUCGACGAGCAAACUGGGCUCGUUUUGAAAAAAACUGGUUUGAGCGUUCUUAUGACUUCACUUUGUAUAAUGUGUACAUUUUUCGCUGCUGCUCUUAUACCUAUUCCCGCUCUUCGUGUCUUCUCUCUUCAAGCCGCCGUUUUAGUUUUAUUUAACAUCGGAGCAAUGCUAUUGGUUUUUCCUGCUAUAGUUAGUCUCGAUCUUCGACGACGUAAAUCUGAAAGAGUCGACCUUUUCUGUUGUUGCAUGCCUAGUCCAGAAAAAGAGCCGUCUUGGCCUUGUUUUUUGUUUCCAUUGAAUUCUCGACGAUACGAAAAUUCUAGAAAGUUUCAAACUGUAACAAGAGCAUUACCACCUGAUCGUAAACACACCGUCACCGUCAUAGCUCCUACGGCAGGUUCCGAAGAGAAGUGGAUUGGUAUGGCGGAUACACCGUUCGGAUCUAAGCCUUAUAAUAUUGCUACAAAGAAAAAUGUUCAAGUUUCAAAUCAUUAUGUAAAAUGGAGUUUAACCAAAUUAGUUGCAGACUACUAUGCUCCUUUUCUAAUGAAAUCUUCUGUAAAGGUUAUAUCUAUAAUACUCUUAAUAAUAGUAUUAAUUGGUAGUGUAUGGGGUAUGAUGAAAGUCACGGAUGGAUUGGACUUGACUGAUAUUGUUCCUCAAAAUACAAAUGAAUACGCUUUUCUCAGUGCUCAGGGCAAUUAUUUUGGAUUUUAUAAUAUGUACGCCGUAACUCGAGGAGAAUUCGAAUAUCCGAAUAAUCAGGAACUCCUUCACGAGUAUCAUCAGGCUUUUAUAAAAGUUUCUAAUAUAAUGAAAAAUGACAACGGCGGUCUUCCAGAAUUUUGGCUGGAAAUGUUUAGAGACUGGCUUAUAGGUCUCCAAAAGGCAUUCGAUAGAGACUGGGCUAACGGUUGCAUUACCCAAGAAAGGUGGUGCGCAAACGCUUCCGACGAAGGAAUAUUAGCGUAUAAACUUUUAGUUCAAACAGGUCAUGUGGAUAAUCCUAUUGACAAAUCAUUAGUUCAUCAAGUUCGGCUAGUUGAUUCAAAGGGUAUUAUUAAUCCAAAAGCAUUUUAUAAUUAUUUAAGUGCUUGGUCUUGGAAUGAUGCUUUAGCUUAUGGAGCAUCUCAAGCGAAUUUGAGGCCGGAGCCUCGUCAAUGGUAUCACACCGCGAGUGAUUACGAACUGAAAAUUCCAAAAUCGGCUCCCCUAGUGUACACUCAACUUCCAUUUUAUUUAUCUGGACUUGGUGACACGCAAAAAAUAACAAACUUGAUUAGUGAAGUUCGUGCGAUUUGUCAGAAAUUCGAAGACCGCGGACUCCCGAAUUUUCCGUCCGGUAUACCCUUUUUAUUUUGGGAACAAUACCUUGCAUUAAGGCAAAACUUUGGACUUGCCCUCAUAAGUGCGCUUUCUGUAGUGUUCGUUAUUGUUACGGUUCUACUUUUAAAUUUUUGGGCAGCACUUUUAGUUACAUUUUCAUUAGCUUCGAUGAUUCUUCAACUUUUGGGAUUGAUGGGAAUAUUCGGAAUUAAAUUGAGUGCAAUACCGGCAGUUCUUCUUAUUGUUGCAGUAGGAAUAAAAGUACAUUUUACCGUACAUAUAUGUUUGGGAUUUAUAACUUCUGUCGGUGGUAAAAAUCGAAGAACGGAAUUGGCUUUGGAGCAUAUGACAGCACCAGUAAUUCAUAGCGCUGUUACAACAUUGUUGGGCAUAGCCAUGCUUUCCUUUUCUGAAUUUGGGUUUAUUGUUAGGUAUUUUUUCUACGUUUUAUUGGCGUUGAUAGCUGUUGGCCUCUUGAAUGGUCUAGUCUUUUUUCCGGUGCUUCUCUCUCUGAUUGGCCCUGCUGCCGAGGUCGUGGGAAUAGAGCAUCUCGAUCGCAUUUCCACUCCUUCACCAGAACCUCAAAAUAUUAAACCUCGACCAUCAUCUUGCCGCGUGAGCAAAGUUGUCCUUCCUCGGCGACAUCAUUGCAAUCGUCUUCAUUCGGAACCUUCGUUGACCACAAUAACUGAAGAAACUGGAUCGUGGCAUUCGACUCAUUCGAUACAAUCCAUAAUUGUACAACCGGAAUUAGUCGUACAUACAACGACUUACAAUGAGCCGAAUUCAUCAAACGAAGAAAACAUACAAAAUAAUUCAAAUUCAGAUGGUUCUACAUCUUCACUCUCAUCAAUUCCAACGUCUAGUUGUAAUCAAAAUCGUGUAACUACCAAAGUAACGGCCACAGCCAAAGUUAAAGUAGAAUUACAUGCUCCUCAUUCUAAGUCAUUUCAAAAAACUUCAUCAUCAUCAUCAUCAUCAUCAUCAUCAUCGAAGAAAAAUUAUGGAAGGAAGAAGGAAUCAAAAGUAUCAGAAUCAUCUAAUUUCAUUCAUAAAUAUACAACGUAA